CACAACAAGCUGAGGAGCAAAGUGCAGCCCCCCGCUGCCAACAUGCAGAAGCUGGUGAGCACCCCCCCGGGUCCCCCCACCUUACAUGGCCCAUCCACCUCCCACCCCAUGCCCAGGGAGGGGGACCCCCUCGGCGUGGGUGCCACACAAGGGGGGGCGGCGGGCCCCCCCCCCCCCCCCGCCGGCCUCUCCGGCUGCUUCAAGUCCUGGGACCACAGCGGUGGGCUCUGCGAGGUGCCCAGGAACCCCUGUCGCAUGAGCUGCAGGAACAGCGGGCGCCUCGACAUGAGCAGCUGCCAGUGCGCCUGUCCCCCCGGCUACACGGGCAGGUACUGCCAAGUCAGGUGCAGCGGGCAGUGCCUCCACGGGAAGUUCAGGAAGGAGGAGUGCUCCUGCCUCUGCGACGUGGGCUACGGCGGAGCCGAGUGCGGCACGAAGAUUCGGUUCCCUUUCCACGCCUGCGACGUGCGGAUAGAUGGCGACUGCUUCAUGGUGUCCCCCGAGGCCGACACCUACUACGGGGCCAAAAUAAAGUGCCAGGAGAAAGGGGCGAUGCUGGCCCAGAUCGGAAACCAGAAGGUCCAGGACAUCCUGGCUUUCUACCUCAGCCGCUUGGAGACCGGUAACAGGGUGACAGACACCGAUUUCGAGACCGGGAACUUCUGGAUCGGUCUCACCUACAAGACGUCCAAGGCUUCCUUCCGCUGGGACGUGGGCGAGCCGUCCUCCUUCACCAGUUUCGCUUUCGGGCAGCCGGACAACCAGGGGUUUGGGAACUGCGUGGAGAUGCAAGCGUCAGCUGCCUUCAACUGGAACGACCAGCGCUGCAAGACCCGAAACCGGUACAUCUGCCAGUUCGCCCAGGAGCACAUCUCCCUGUGGCAGCGGGACCCCUGA